CAUAUUCUAUCGUUUUUUUUUUCUUUUUUCUUUUCUUUUUUCUUUAUCAUUCAAGAAUAAAAAAAAUAUGUCCCUUUUUAGGAAUACUUCAAGAUUAACUCCUCAUCGUUUCUCCAUGGUCAAUAAAUCGACAACCAUGUAUUAUCGUCGAACCUUGGCAACACUACCCAAGACACCUAUUGACCCUAAUGCAGCUGGACCUAUGUUGAAAUAUCAAGCCAAUUUACCUAAAUUGCCUGUUCCUGCUCUUAGCGCUACUUUACAAAAAUAUCUCAAGACCGUUCGUCCUCUUUUAGAUGAUACUCAAUAUAGUCAAACAGAAAAGGCAGUAAAGGAGUUUGAACAGCCUGGAGGUCUUGGUCAUGAACUACAAAAGAGAUUAUUGGCGCGUGCUAAUGACCCCACUAUUGUCAACUGGAUGGAAGAUUGGUGGUUAGAUAGUGCUUAUAUGGGUUAUCGUGAUCCUGUUGUUAUCUAUGUUAGUUAUUUCUUUAUGUAUAAGGACGAUAAGUUACGCAAAUUGCCUGCUCAACGUGCUGCUGCUAUUGCUACUGCUGCACUUGAAUUUAAGAAACAAAUUGUAGAUAAGACACUUUCGGUUGAAAUGGCAAAGGGUGAACCUAUGUGCAUGGAUUCCUAUAAAUAUAUGUUCAAUAAUUGCCGUAUCCCAAAAAAGCCUUCUGAUUAUGAAGUUAGUUUUGACCCUGCUACUAAUAACCAUAUUGUGGUUAUUAGAAAGAAUAAAUUCUUUGUCAUUGAUACAAUUCAUCAAGGUCAACAAUUAUCAACUGCUGAAUUACAGCAUCAAAUUCAAAAUAUCAUGGAUGAAGCAGGUACUUCCAAGUCUUUACCAGUAGGUGUCUUGACUUCAGAUAAUCGUGAUAAAUGGACUGAAUACAGAGACCGUUUAAUUUCCGCUGAUCCUGAAAAUGCAAAGCUAUUGGAAAAAAUAGAAUCUUCUGAUUUUGUUAUCUGUCUUGACGACCAAUCACCUUUUACCCGUGAUGAAGGCUCACGUGCUUGUUGGCAUGGCGAUGGUCGUAAUCGUUUCUUUGAUAAGCCUCUUCAAUUCAUCGUAUUUGAAAAUGGUAAAGCAGGCUUCAUGGGUGAGCACUCAUGUAUGGAUGGUACAGCCACUUGUCGUUUAAAUGAAUAUGUUUGUGAUGGCUUGCAUCGUAAUACAAUUCAUCAUGGAUCAGACGAAAUCCGUUCAGACCUUCCUAAACCUCAAGAGCUCAAGUUUCAUUUAGAUGAAUCGGUUAAAAAGGAUAUUGCUGCUGCAGAAUCUAAUUUUGAUGCAUUGAUUGCGAAACAUGAUCUUACUGUUUUAGCCUACCAAUCCUAUGGUAAAAACCUUAUCAAGAAAUUCAAAUGCUCCCCUGAUGGUCUUACACAAAUGAUUAUACAAUUGGCUUACUAUAAGAUGUUUGGUGUAUCUCGUCCUACUUAUGAAUCAGCACAAACACGAAAGUUUCAACAUGGACGUACUGAAACAGCACGUACUGUUACGACGGAGUCCAUUGCCUUUGUUAAGACGAUGGAAGAUGUGAAUGCUUCAUCAGAGGCCAAGCUUGCAAGCUUGAGAGCAGCUCUUAAAGCUCAAGGAAGUUAUAUGGCCGAUGCUGUCAAUGGUCAUGGCGUUGAUCGUCAUUUAUUUGGAUUAAAGAAGAGUUUAAAGUCAGGCGAGGAAACACCUUCCCUUUUUAAGGAUCCCGCCUAUGCUUACUCUUCUCAUUGGUAUCUCUCUACUUCCCAAUUAACCUCUGAACACUUUGAUGGUUAUGGUUGGGGACAAGUUGUGAAUGAUGGUUUUGGUUGUGCUUACAUGAUUAAAAAGAAUGCUCUUCAAUUUAAUGUUGCAAGUGUAAAAGAUUUAGAGGUACAUGGUGAAAAGUUUAUAAACGGUACACAUAGAUUUAAACAAUGUCUUGAGGAUGCUGCAAAUGAUUUAAGAGAUUUGUUAAUGACUGAGCUCGAACCUGAAGCCAAAUUAUAAUAGACACACAAACACACACACACAAAAAAAAAAAAAAAUGUAGUACAUAUAGUAAUAAAAAAAAUAAAAAAAAAAGGAUGAUGAUGAUAUCAUUUUUAUUAUUAAUAUUUUUUUAUAAUGAUUUAUAUAUAUAGCUAAUAUUAUAAACAUGUUCAUUGACGUAAUAGUAGGCAACACAUCUUUGAAGCACAAAUGAACAAUUUGACAAAAAAGGGAAUAUAAUAAAAAAAAAAAAGAAAAAAAAAGAAUGAAAGAAAGAAAGAAUGAAAAAAAAAAAA